AUGAGUGACCGAAUACUUCGAGCUAGUCGAGUUCAAUUAUGUAAAUUUGAUGAAGAUAAACAUGAAAUAACCUGUCGCAGUGAAAGUUGGGAAGUAACAUUAUCAAGUUUUGAGAAUACACAUUUUAACGCAAUUAAAAAUGAAAUCUAUGCUGAAUACCAAGAAUGGUAUAGUGAAGGUUUAGUGUGGGUAUUUAUAUUUGAAAUUGAACCUAAACGAUGUUGGUGGAAAAUAAUAUUUAUUUUUGUGAUGGGUAUUGCACAAAUUGCUGGUGGAGCCUUUUUAUGUGUUGCUACAAAAAUUACUAAUGAUUUUGAUCUUGUCAAUUAUUUUAAACAAAAAGUAAUUACUUAUGGAUUAAAUUUAUUAUGUAUAACAUCAACUGUAAGUAAUCUUGUUAGACCAAUUUCAUCAAUAGAACACGUUGGAAUAGUUGGUGUUGCCGCUGAUAGUAUUCAUCAAUUAUGUACAAAAGGAUUGGAUAUGAAGACAUUAACAAAUAUUGCUUUAAAUAGUAUGAAGAUAGCUGAUAUUAAUAAACAUGCAAU